ACCAGCAGCACAGUGUCUGAGAGCAUUCGACUCCAGUCAUCUGUUCUGGAUCUACAUCAUUCACUCUCCUUGUAUUUAUCACCACUUUCCUGUCAAAAUCGUAGCCAAAAAUAAGAACAUGAAGCACUGCCUUUUAGUGCUUAUAUUGCUCUGUUUCUGUAGGUUUGGAAUGAUGGCUUCUAAUGAAACAGACUAUGGCAAAGGGAAUUGCAACGAUGCCUUAAGCCUGGAGGCUCAACGAGCAGUUGGUGGUGCAGUGGCUAAACUAGGAUUGGCGCUUUUAGAAAAACUACAGCCUGGGUCUGAGCAACCAAAUAUAAUCAUAUCACCUCUGAGUAUUUCUCUCACGCUUGCUGAGCUUGCUUUAGGUUCAAGGAACAAGACAGAAGAGAAGUUGUUGGAAAUUCUCCAGGCAAAGGAGGUGCCGAAUUUUCAUGAAACCUUAAGCUGUCUCCAAGAACAACUAACCGCCAAGGCUGUCAAGAUGGCUUCUCGUCUCUACCUCAUACCAGGUUUCAGGGUGAACCAGGACUUUGUGGACAGAGCUAUGAACCUGUACAAAUCCAAACCUGCACAUUUGACCUCCAUUAAAGAAGUCAAUCAAUGGGUGGAGGAAGCCACCAAAGGUCACAUAACCAACUUUAUAUCCAGUCUUCCACCUAACGUUGCUCUAAUGUUGAUAAACGCCAUUCAUUUUAAAGGAGAGUGGCAAUCCCGUUUUGAUUCCAAGUUCACUGUAAAGGAUAUCUUUUACAUUGACAAAAAAACCUCUGUAAAAGUGGACAUGAUGAUGGGAUCCAAAUAUCCACUCAGCAUGUUUGUAGAUAGAGAAGACGGCACUCAGGUUGCAAGGUUUCCUUUUCAAGGAAAUAUGAGUCUUCUGGUGGUAAUGCCAAUGCCAAUGCCUGGAAAUCUGUCAAACACAGCCGCCAAGCUCAACAUAUCGGACCUUUAUAAACAGUUUCAAAGUGAGAAGUCCAUGCAUGUGAAAUUACCCAAAUUCAAACUUGAGUUCAAGCAGGAUCUGCGACAAGCACUCACAAGCAUGGGUCUGGGUUUGCUGUUUACUGGGCCUGAUUUAUCCAGAAUCUCACCAGGUGCAUUAGUGGUUUCGGGUGUACAACAUGCCUCAAGUAUGGAGCUGAGCGAGGAGGGGGCUGAGGCUUCAGCUGCGACCGCUGUUACUCUAGUACGUACAGUUCCUACUUUUGCAGUCAACAUGCCGUUCAUCUUCGCACUGGUGGAUGAUGCCUCUUACACGCCUCUCUUCCUGGGUAUUGUUACCAACCCUAACCCUGGAGAGACAAUGGAACAAAGUGAUGACCCAAAAACUGAAACUGAAAGCAGCAUGAAGCCAAACAAAGUCCCCUUGAGCGAUGGGACUCUAAAUGAUGGUCCACAUAGGGAAAAUAUGCUAAGUUACAUGUUAAAUAUGUGGAAGGACACAGUUCCUCAGCAGUUCCUUGGACAUCAGGAGAUGGAGGAUGGGAACUAAUGAGAAGAUGGAUCUGUCCAUAUCACAGAACCUGUUUUGACAACUGUAAUGUGAAAUACAGGGUGUUGCUGUUAAUGGCCUGCCCUAUGAUUGAUGGAUGCCAAUUUGAGUUUGAAUGAAAAAUGUGGCUGUUCAAUGGCAGCUACCCUGACUAAGAUUUAUGUAAGGAUAAUGUCUAGUCAUUCGGUCACUACUGCAAAACAACCUCAGACAGGGUGAACAGGCAUAUACUGAUUGAUUGAUUACAUUUUUUUAGGGUAUUGCAUGGCUAUUUGCCAAAUUAAAUAAAUAUAUGGACAUGAAA